AUGAAGGAGGCCUUGCGAACAACUGACGGGGAUGAGACAGAUCAGGAGCUAGAGGACCUCAAGCAAGAGCUGAUAGCACUGUAUCCAGACCGCGCCAAGGCUAUCGAAUGUCAAAAGGACUUCGGAGUGCUCGCUUACUUCAGGUGUUGCGCAGGCAAAGGUCCCACCUCGCAGCUCAUGGACAGCUUCCGCCUCGCUGGAAGUGUUGUUGUAGUCGACGAGAACGAAGUGGAUGAUGAUGACCCGUUGGACCUGAAUUACUCAUCAUCAAGCUGCGACGACCGCGAGCCGGUGGUUUCCAAACGCACCCUGGAACCUCGUUCUGGUGUUCAUCAAUUGAACCUACCACCCGACCAGGUUUCUUCUCAAGAGUCAAUCGCUUCCAUGGAAGAGCCAUUAUGGUCAGUGCUGGAUGGUAUGCAUCAAUCUGCGACCAUGUUACAAAAGAUGCUCUGCCUUAGAAGGGCGGCGCAAUACACAGAUGAUGCACCGGCAUUUACACGGAAGGUUGCCGUGACUACCAGGGAAUAUCUGGAUAUGCUAACCGACAUGCUGUCUUUGGAAGGGGAAAUAGAGGGAAUUGUGAUAAGCGACAACGAGGUCUAUGAGAUCGAACCAUGA